AUGUUAAUAUGUGCGAGGAGAAAGAAACCCUCGCUAAGGUUUUGCAAACUAUUUAGACGUUACUACAUAAGAAAAUUUUUAAAAAAUAAAAUUAAAGAGGAUGUUAUAAAAAAGAAAAGAUAUAAAUAUAAAGAAUGUGAAAAUGUAGAUGGCACCCCCUUAUAUAAUGGGGAACAGAUAAAUAGUUACAGUGACCAAAGUAAUAAUAUAACGUUUGAAGAAUUAGGUGUUGAAGAUUGGUUAAUAAAAAUUAGUAAGAGUGUUCAUAUAUUAUAUCCAACUAAAAUCCAACAAUUAUGUUUACCUUUAAUUAUACAAGGGAAAAAUGUAAUUGGUUCUUCUGAGACAGGUAGUGGGAAAACUAUAUGUUAUUGUUGGAGUAUAUUACAAGAAUUAAAUAAAAAUGUUUAUGGUAUAUUUUCGUUAAUCUUAUUACCUACAAGAGAAUUAGUAUUUCAGAUCAUUGAACAGUUUCUUUUAUAUGGUAGUAAAAUAGGUGUCACGAUUUUAUCUUGUAUUGGGGGGUUUUCAUUAAUCGAACAAAGAAAAAGUGUUAUGACAAAACCACAUAUUAUUGUUGGAACACCAGGGAGAAUUAGCGAUAUAUUAGAAAGUAGUAUAGAUAUACAAAAUUGUUUUAAAAGAUUAAGGUUUUUAGUACUAGACGAAGCUGAUUUGUUAUUACAAAAAUGUUUUGAAGAUAAAUUACAAAACAUCCUAAAUAAUUUACCAAAGAAUUAUACUAACGAAAGGAAAACAUUAUUCUUUAGUUCCACUAUCACCGAUUCAUUACAAUUAUUAAUAGAUACUUUUCCAUAUAAUAAUUUAAUUUUAGUUAAUGUAAAUAAAAAACAAAAACCUCCUAAAAACUUAGAUCAAAGAUAUAUUUAUGUUGAAGAAAUUGCACACAUUACCUAUCUAAUUUAUAUCUUAAAAAAUAAAGUUAAUAAUUUAUCUGGUAUUAUAUUUACAGCUAAUAGUUAUAAAUGUGAACUUAUUUAUACUGUUUUAAAUAUGUUAGGUAUAGAUAAUGUGGAUGCUAUGCAUUCCUCAAAAGAUCAAAAAAACAGAUUUGCCACAUUAGCCAAAUUUAAAAACGGAUUAUGUAAAAUACUUGUUGCUACGGAUAUUAUUAGUAGAGGUAUAGAUAUUCCAAAAAUUUCUUUUGUAAUUAAUUUUGAUUUCCCAAAUGAUAUUGUUCAAUAUAUACACAGAGUUGGACGAACAGCCAGAGCUAACCGAAAGGGACUAGCCAUUUCAUUUAUUGACAAAAAGGAUGUCAAUUCAUUCAAUCAAGUCAAAAAUAUAAUGAAAGAUAAAUUAAAACCCUACACACUCAACAAAAAAGAAGUUCUUGAAAAUAUGUUUAAAAUUGGACGAGUUAUAAAAAAAGCAGAAAUUCUGCUAGAAGAGAAAAAAGAUAUAAAGAGAGAAAAUCAAAGAUUAAAGCAUUAUAUUUUUCACAACGAGUAA